AUGCUGCUGCUGCUGCUGCCCCUGCUGUGGGCAGGGUCCCUGGCUCAGGAUGACACAUACCAGCUGGCAGUGCAGGAGUCCGUGACGGUGCAGGAGGGCCUGUGCGUCUCCGUGCCCUGUGCCUUCUCCUACCCUGAGAGCUACUGGACUCGUCCCCAAGCUCACGCCUACUGGUGCCGGGCCGGGGCGAAGGAAGAUCGGGAUGCUCCCGUGGCCACAAACAACCCACGUCGACCUGUGCAGGAGGAGACCCAGGGCCGAUUCCGUCUCCUCGGGGACCCCAAGAACGACAACUGCUCCCUGGGCAUCAGAGAUGCGCGGAGAAACGACUCGGACACCUACUUCUUUAGAGUGGAGAGAGGGUCUAAAGUGAGACAUACUUACAAAAUAAACCAACUCGCUGUGCAUGUGACGGCCCUCACCCUCACGCCCCACAUCCGCAUCCCGGGGACCCUGGAGUCCGGCCACCCCUGCAACGUGACCUGCUCCGUGCCCUGGGCCUGUGAGAGGGGCACGCCCCCCAUCUUCUCUUGGACGUCGGCUGCCCUGGCCUCCCUGGGCCCCAGGACCCGCCUCUCCUCCGUGCUCACCCUCACCCCACGGCCCCAGGACCAUGGUGCCAGCCUCACCUGUCAGGUGAUGUUCCCUGCCGCUGGCGUGACCGUGGAGGGAACCGUGCAGCUCAACGUCACCUGUACCCCAACCAGCGCGACAACAGGCGUCUGCCUGGGAGAAGGCACAGGGCAACCAGGGACCAGGACGGGAGUGGUUCUGGGGGCUGUCGCGGGAGCCGGUGUCACCGGGCUGCUUGCUCUCUGCCUGUCCGUCAUCUACUUCGCAGUGAAGACCCACAGGAGAGCAGCAGCCAGGACAGCCACGGGCGUGGGCGACACCCGCACUGCGGCCGGGCCCGCUUCCCCGGGUCACCAGCAGAAGUCCAAGAUAGACAGCCCCACAGACCCCACCAGCUCUGCAGGGGCCACCCCCACUGUGGAGUCCGAGCAGGAUCUGCAUUAUGCCACCAUCAGCUUUCAAGGGAGGACUCAUCCACGGGAGGACACCCACACGGCAUACUCAGAGACCAGGACCUAGUGAGCUGCCGGCGGGAGCAUCAGUCUCAGCCGGAGCGUCCCUAUCUUUGGGGGAAGAUACCCACAGGCUGCUUCUUGAGGCUUAACAUCCCCAUGGGCGACGGGUUUAUACAUGACUGUAUGUGAGUUUGUUACUCUGAUGGAGCAUCUUAGACAUUGCAAUCAGAGACACCUGGGGUCGAAUCCGCAGUCUUUCACUCAUUAAGAAUAGGACACCAGGCAGCCACCCAACCCUCCAUGUCUCCGUCUCCUGCUCCGUGAAUGGGAGUGAGAAGCCCUACCUCGCAGGGUCGCCAUGAGCAUUAAAUAAAAGUACAUGUGGCAACCGCUCAGCAAGAAUCCUGGCACCCGGUGAGGGUCUGAUGAUGCCGGUUCCUUCCCCCCUUAAAUAGAAUGGUAUUAGUGACGAUUCCCCCAGAGGCCGGGCUCCAUGCCUCUCCCAGACACCACCUCCGUGACAUGACGGUCUCACCCUCGACUCACACGCCUUCCGUGGGUGCUCUCCCUGACCCUCUCUCCACUCCUAACCCUUCUCGUUCCGUUCCCUCUGCCAGCUACGAGUCCCGCUUAUUCAC